GCCAAGGUGAUAAGGGCAUCUGUGAUGGCAAAGAUGAGGCCAAGCUUUUUUGCAUAUUUAUAGGGAGAGCGGCACAGGAAAGAAGCAUCAGUCUGCAAUCAUCUAUAACACAGACGACAACAGACCCAAACCGAGAGUAAGGAACAAUGCUGAAAGUUGAAUUAUUGUGUGUGCUUUCGUUGGCUCUCUUCGGCCUCGGCUAUGCCAAGACUGUCUCCAAAGAGACCCCAACCCCCACCGUAGAGGAACUGUGCUCCCUGUUGCCCGGUGCCACCAUUCUGCGCCCCAACACCUGCACCAAUUGGGUUAGAUGUCCAGCCACGCCCGAGUCGGACGAAUACGAAGAAGGCUCCUGUGUCAAUGGCCUGUACUUCAACAAGGACAUGGGCUCCUGCGUCUACAAGGAUGAAAUGGAAUGUCCCUACGAGAACAACACCCCCGUCAAGGUAGAACGUUGCAAUGCCAAGAACGAAGGCUCCUUCUUGGCCGAUGAAGAGAACUGCAGCGGCUAUGUUUAUUGCAAGGCUGGUGAAGAGAUUAAGGCCAAUUGCCCAACCCAUAUGGUCUUCGAUCCCAAAAAAACUGAAUGUGUCUAUGCCUCCCAAUAUACCUGUCCCGAACCGAAAAAGGACAAGAAGGCCAAACAAAACCCCAUCUGUUUGUCCCUGCCCAACGAUGUGUACUUUGCCGACAAGCAGGACUGUACCAAAUACAGCCACUGUCUGAACGGUAGUCUCUCGACACAGGCCUGUAACGACGAACAGGCCUGGGAUUAUUUGAAGGGUCUAUGCGUUCCCGUCUCCGAGGUCGUCUGCAUGCCCUCGGCCAAGAAACCCGAACCCGAAGUUCGUGUCUGCUCCCACAAUGGCACCGUUGUCGUGGGACCCGUUUCCGAUGGCGCCACCUGCAGUGGCUAUUAUUUCUGCAAGAAGACCGCCGAUGGCAGCCGCGAUCGCAAACCCGAACACUUCUCCUGCACCAAUGGCCAGUUCUUUGACACCGACACCCUGUCGUGUCGCGACCGUCUGAAUGUCAAAUGUACCUACGAUCGUUGUGAGGCCACCGAAAACAAAUACGUCAAUGUGGCCGGCAACUGCAAGGCCUAUGCCAUGUGCGCCGAUGGCAAGACCGCUGAAACGGGUUUCUGUCCCAGUGACUAUUUCUUCGAUGAACGCUCCCAGGGUUGUACACGUCGGGUAGUUAGCUAUGCAGCCUGUUCGGCCUAAGGAAGAUGAAGUAAAAUUUGUUUGUUUUUCUUUGAUUGCCCCAAAAACAAUUGUCAAAAGUUGGAAUUUUCAAUAAAAGAAAUUGGCAAGUAAUUCCUUAAAAAAAAAAAAAUAA